AUGAAGUUUGCUUCCCUCGUCUUUGUCGCGACGCUCCUCAGCGACGUCGCGGCCGGUGCCCUUGUCGCGCCGCCCGCCGCAGAGGUCGCGAUCCGCCAACCAAUGCAAAAUACCGAACGCGACGAGUCCUCGAGCGAAGAGUUGUGGAAGCGCAAGGGCGGCGGUGGCGGCGGUGGUCGUGGAAGUGGUGGCGGACGCGGUAGCAGCGGUGGCAGCAGCGGUAGUGGAUCUGGAUCCGGCGGCCGAACUACCCCGACCCCUACCUAUGGUGGUGGGAGAUACUACGGCGGAGGGUCGGCGAAACCGUACAAAUCUGGCGGUCGCUCACCCUCAGGCAUCCUUCCCGUGUUUUUCGUUGCUGGCGCCCUCGCCUUCUGGCCCGGCGUCUGGUUGUACGGCGCCCACCUGUAUCACUACGACAGACCCUACCACUUCUACAACCAGUCCAGCCAGCGCAAUGAGUCCAAGCCGGUAGACUGCGCCUGCUCUCCGAAUGGCGACUGUGGCUGUGAUGACAACGACAACACAGAUUACUUGAAGGAGCUGAUCGGCAACGGCAGCUAUGCCAGUCUCAACAAGUCCCUAAUCGACGUUGCCAACGUGAACGGUACUAGCACUCUGCUCAUCAAUGGCACUCUUCCUGCCGGUACUGCCGAUGCAGCUGGGAACGCCGCUGGUGAUGGACUCCACGCCUUGCUACAGCAAGCCGGUUGGUGGCCUGUCGUUGCCACAGUCGCCACCAUCGUUUUUGCGGCCUAG